CGCCGCCACCCACGCGGCCGCGCCUCCCGCAGGCGCCGUGCGUGGACACGUGGCAGCGGCAAACCCGGCGCGCCUGCGCCCGCCGCCUCACGCGCACCCGCGGGCCGCCCGCCGCCCCGACUGUCCGAGUCGGCGCCCGGUUGCAGCAGCUAGGCAGCUAGCUGACCAGCUCCAUUUUCCACUUGCAAUCCCCUCACUGAACUGCACUAGUUUCAAUUUCUGGGUACGCCAAGCUGUCCAAGAAGCAUGGCCAGGCACAAGGAGCCAUCAACCCCGGCAGCCGGCGGGACGCCAUGGAAGAGGCGACUACGCUCGCACCACGCGACCCCUCAAAGCUUGUUCUCGCGGAGGCUCCCAUCCUGUGCCAAGAACCGGGGCGAGGCGGAGGAGCCCCAGACUGCCAAGAAGCCGGCCGCCCCCAAGAACACGCGGAGAUGCGGCGGCUGCCGUGCUGAGGAUGCCGAGGCUGCGCGGGUGCCGAGAGCGCCCCCUCGCCGCUCGCCGCGCCUCGCCGGCAGGGAUCUGGAGCACCCGAUUGUGAUAGACGAAGGAAUCAAGGAAUGUGAGGUCAGGGAUAAUCAAUCAACAAUCACACCACUGCGCAGAUCCCCACGGUUCCAUCCAGCUGGUAAUGGUUUGGGCAAACAACUGCUGCCUCAGAGUCCCCCUGAAGUUACUCAUAACCGAAAGACUCCAAAUGCUUCAGGGAAAGAUAAGAAUAUAACUAACCUUAGGAGUAGCCAGAGAAAUGCUGCAGCAAAGGCUUUGCCAAGGACAAAAAAUGACAAGGAGCCGCAGCCACUGUGUUCGAAUUCCCCGGAUAUUCCUAUCAGGCAACAGAUUGCAGAUCUAUCUUGCAAAAAGAAAGAGAAGAAACAGCUAAACUCCAACCAUUGUGAGGUGCUAACUAGAAAGAGGAAGAGAGGCACUGAAGGCAGAUCCUCACCAAAGAGACAAAAUUACCAGGACCUCCAAUCACUGCCUCCAGGUAGCCAAGAAAUUGCAACUAGCAAUGAAACCAGAAAAGUCAGACACCAAAAAGGUAAAAAUAAAAAGGAUUUGGCUUUGGUGGUGCAGCCCAAAAUUGGGGAUGAUAGACUGAUGAACACUGAGGAAAAUAAUGAAGAUCCAACUUGGACUGAAAGAGAAAGAAAACAAAAUUUUCAUGGUUCAGAUGAUUGGACAGAAGAGCAGGAUGUCGCAUUGCGCAAGGCAUACUUCAGUGCCCGACCUUCCCCGCAUUUCUGGAAGAGAGUUUCCAAACUGGUGCCAGGGAGAUCUGCUGAAGAGUGCUUCAACAGAAUCCAUGCUGAUCUCUCAACACCUACUCGUAUUGCCCCUCGGACUAGGACAUGCAAAGCAAAGUUUUCUCCUCUAGCAAAUUUUUCAUUAUCUGAUCCUGAACUUCCAAAUCUCUUGGAACCUGCAGUCGGGAUGCAAAGGACUUCUAAACAAAAGAGCCUAGCAGCACAAAAGACAGUGAGACACUUGCUGCAAAAGCAUUGCCUCAUUGAUCAUGCUCAUGAGGCUGAUCACUUCUCAAUAUUUGAAUCCUCACCAAGUGCCUUACAAUUGAACAUUUCUUUUGAGGAUUUUCCAGGGACUCCUCACAGUUGUAUGAAUUCAGGUUCUUUGCUCAGGUUCAGCGCAAGUUCUUCAGGACAAAAGAAACCAUUUUCACGGUUGAAAACUAAGCCAGAUGAACCAAGCCCAGGAGUUUUGAAGCCUGUGAAGAAUGUUAUCUUGCAUGAGAAGUACAUUGACCAGUUGUCUCGCAGGGAAGGCACAAGAAGGCCUCGCAGAAAGACUCCAGGUUCUAAAGCUGCUGACUCAGUGAAGGCUCAUUCUGAGCAGAAAGCUGGUGAUCUGAAGGCUGCCAAAAAUGCUCUCAUCUCGGAAGCAACUGACUUUAUAAGCCAUUUUAAGAAGCUGCAAGCUAAUUCCCUUGCGCAUGUCAUCGAAAAUAGUGAAGAUGAUGAUGGUACUGAAGGUGACUGAUGCCGGUGACCAUUGCUGCAGUUUUUUUUGUGGGGGGGGGGGGGGGGGGGGGGCGGCGUUAGCAUGUAUUCGUCAUUAGUGCAUGACUGACAAUAAGGCUAGGCAGUUUCCAGUACAACGUUCCUGUAUUCCAUUUUGUUCUUGUAUUCAGUUUUGUUCUCGCUAGUUCCUUCAUGCUCGUUACGAAAAUGUUACUACCUUAUGCCUGUCAAAAGCACUUGAAAAUUGAAAUAAUGGAAGGAAAUGAAGCAUUCCUCCAUAAUCUUUUUCCC